AUGAGCUCACCAGCUCAUGCUAUAUACUCAUCCACACUUAGCUUAAGUCUACAAGGACAUGAAUUUCAACCUCAAUAUGGUGUUCAAUUGAUUUUUAAUACAACAACUCAAAGUCUAUUAUUAUGCGCCGCUACAUGUAGUCAAAAUCCAUCAUGUCGGAUUUUUGAUUACGAUUCAAGUUCACACCGUUGUCGACUGUUCGAAGCUGAUCUUACUAAUGGAGCAAUCAUUGCGGUGGCUUCUCAAACGUCUAUUGUUGGCAGUGUGAUACUUUCAGCAUCAUUAUAUGCAUCGAUGUACAAUCAAUCUUGUUCAGCUUGUCAAGAAAAUCGAUAUCAGACUUGUUCAUCGACUACGAGCACGUGUCAAUGUCCAGGGAAUAGCUAUUGGAAUGGCAGCAUGUGUCCAUUACAAUUAUUUGAAAAUGCAACUUGCAGUCAAAUUGAUGCUUGUCGAAGUGAUCUUAAUCUUAGUUGUAUCAUAAAUUCUUAUAAUGAAUUCACUCAAUGUUUAAUAGGUAUGCCAAAGUCGACGACAGCAGCAACAGUGACGGCAGCAACAGCGACAGCAAAAACGGUGACAACAGCAACGGUGAUAGCAGCAACAGUGACAGCAGCAGCGGUGACAACAGCAACAGUGACAGCAACAACGGUGACAGCGUCCAUCACUCAAUGUCGUACUAUAUUUACUGGUCAAAAAACCUAUUCAACUGGCUCUGGACCUAGGUCUCUAAGCGCAGUCGACGUCAAUGGCGACGGCAAACUCGACAUUAUUGUCGCAAACUACGUUUCGAAGAAUGUCAGUGUUCUCCUCAACACAGGCGACGGCACGUUUGCUGCUCAAACGACGUAUUUAGCUGGGACUGGCCCGGCCUUUGUGCCAGUAGCCGAUGUCAAUGGCGACGGCAAACCCGAUAUUAUUGUCACAAACUACGGUUCGAAGAAUCUCAGUGUUCUCCUUAACACAGGCAACGGCACGUUUGCUGCUCAAACGACCUACUCAACUGGCACUAUGCCAAACGUUGUGGUAGCAGCCGAUGUCAAUGGCGACGGCAAACCCGACAUAAUUGUCGCAAACUACGGCUCGAACAAUGUGGGUGUUCUAAUCAAUUAA